AUGUUUUCCAGAAAUCUCCUCGGGGCAGCUACGGCAUGUUGCCUGCUUGUCGGUUCAGUCAACGCACAUAUGGUCAUCAGAUCUCCGGUCCCGUAUGGCCAGGACAGCUUAACGAACGGUCCUCUCGAGAAUGAUGGCUCAGACUUUCCUUGCAAGCAGCGCCCAGGGGUCUACGACAUCACCAAGAUGAACACCAUGCCGGUCGGCGUGCCGCAGCAGCUUGCAUUCAUGGGAGGCGCUACACAUGGUGGCGGUUCAUGCCAGGUUUCUGUUACCCUAGACAAGGAGCCCACAAAGGACAGCGAAUGGAAAGUGAUCCAUUCUAUCAUUGGGGGGUGUCCAGCGAACGCGACUUCAAAUCUGUCGGAUGACGCGAAGGGAGAAAAUGCAGCCGUGUUCGAGUAUUCCGUACCCAAGGGGAUGCCAAAUGGCCAGUAUACUCUUGCCUGGACUUGGUUCAAUAAGAUUGGGAACCGAGAGAUGUACAUGAAUUGUGCUCCCAUAACUAUCACUGGAGGUUCGGACAACAACGACGUCUACGACACACUGCCUACCAUGUUUGUCAUAAAUCUUCCGAGAGAAGAGUGCGCCACUUCCGAGAUGGAGGACUUCAUCUUUCCAAAUCCCGGGAAAUACGUCGAAACUGCAAUGCAAACUGCACUUGGGAGCGCCACGGCUGGCAGCGGAUGCGCAGCAGUCACUGCCAUGGGCGCUGGUAAAGGUGCCCAUGGCUCGAACGAUGCGCCAGCAUAUGCAGCACCAUCCGCCACAGAGUCUGCGAGCCACGCGUAUGGAAACGUGGGUCAAUCAGGAGCAGCAGCAUAUACAAGUGCAUCGCCUACUGCAUCAGCUCAGAUCACCUUCCCAGCGGUUGUURAGGGUAUUGACGAUGUAGUUACUGCUACAACUUUGGCGACCAUCACUGCAACUAGCUCUUCCGCACCAGCCGUAGAGGAGACUGGAAUCGCUGGUGGCGAUGUGCCCCCAGUGGUCAAGCCCACGGGGUACACCGCGUCUACAAGUCCCGCCUCAGGAACAAACGGAACCGCAACAUCUGGUGGCUGCUCUGAUGGCAGCGUAACAUGCGAUAGCCCAGGAAGCGUUGUAUGCAUUGGAAGCAGUCAUUGGGGACUGUGUGAUAUCAAUAACUGUGCGGUUCCUCGCGAGCUAUCUGGAGGGACGGCGUGCACCGGCGGCGUCGUUAGCAAACGACACGCCACCCACCUGCUUAGACAUGCUCAUCAUGCUCGUAGCUUUUAG